AAGAAGGGGAGUAAUGUAAAAGGUAAUUUCUAAUGUGAAUUUUAUAAGAGAAUUGUCAGUCACUUUGGCCCAGAAUGAGCCUGGAGACAUGGUGUUGAACAAAUGAUCUGAGAUGUUUAGAUGACUGAAAGUGAGGGAGUAGCUGAGAAGAGGCAGAAUAAUUAUAAAGCCUGGGGACAGCAAAGUAUUGCCUUCUUUUUUUGUACCACCAGUUCUAGAUACACAUAGUAUGUCCUCACUAAACGUUUGAAUUGCCUUAAAUUCCAAUUUGAAUUGAGGCAGAAAAUCUUUCUUAAAUGUAUCCAGUUUAUUUUUGAAAUUGUGUCCUUAGUGUUCUAAAAUAACUAGAAGAUAUCUCUGACUAAAUAAGACGCAUGUCCGAACUUUUGCUGGUGGACUAACCAUUAUUCUAUAUGGCUGUUUAUUUUCUGUUAUUGAAGUAUAUUUUUGUAAAAGUGAGAGAUUAAGUAAACUUUGAGGGGAGCUUUGUACAUAAAGUCUAUCAAAGAAUACUAUGAAAGAUGGGGGAAGUAAGGGAGAUGACAUUCCUACCCUCUUCGUCUUGGAAUGAUUUGUGCUUGAUGGGUUAGUUAUAUGCAUAGAGAUCAUGUUAGCACUAACUGAUGGAAUCCUGUGACCAGCUCUGUAAGGCUCUGUCUAUCAGCAAAGGUUGGAAAGGGCAAAAAACAAUGCUGGACAAUGCUGGACUAGCUAUGGCAUUUUCCUAGGCAUAUUCCCCUAGUAUUGGUUAUUAUGUAAUGUGGGUACUUCUGCAGCUGUGGUACUUGAGGGAACAGGUUGAUUCAUUAUGUUUACAGAGACCAAAGAAGACAAGAGGGACUUUGCCCAACUGCCGAUAUGGAGCAGGUGUUAUCAACAGGCAGACCUGUGCAGAUCACUGUGACAGACGGAUAUGACUUGAAAGGUUUUAAAGGAGAUACUCCAGUUACUUUUAUUCGUGCAGAAUUCAAUCAAGUGGUUCUGGGAGACUCUGCAAAAGUUACGGUUUCUCCAGAAGGAACUGCAAAAUACAACUUCAUGAGCAGUUUUGAAUACAGUCCUGAAGGAGGAAUUACUUUAGAUGACCUUGCCCACAAACCUGUGUUCUUAACUAUGACUGAAGUUUUACCAAAGGAAAAGAAACAGAAAGAUGAGAAGACUUCAAUUCUUGGUCAAGCUGUGGUGGACCUUCUUCCUUUACUGGAAGGAGAGAGUUCAUUUGAAACGAUGGUCCCCUUGCACCCUGUGCCAGGCUCGCCUUUAGAACCUGUUCGGUCAGGUGUAAAGCAGUGCAGUCUUGAAGUUAAAGUAUUUGUGGCAGAACCCUUAUUGACCACAGCACAAAUCUUAGGAGGCAAUCUACUGAAAGUCACAUUGGAGGCUGCCUACUCUGUGCCUGAAUCUUUCAUUCCAGUAGGGCCUAUGCAGAACUACAUGGUUGGUAUGCAAGUUCCAUCAGUUGGAGAGAAAGACUAUCCCAUUUUGUUCAAGAAUGGAACUCUAAAGCUUGGAGGGGAAAGAGAACCGGUUCCCAGGCCCAAAAAAUGGCCAAUUGCCAACAUAAUGGCUCCAGGAGCUAAUAACAUUCCUGAUGCUUUCAUCAUUGGUGGGCCCUAUGAGGAAGAAGAAGGAGAACUCAACCACCCCGAGGACAGGGAAUUUAGGAACCAAGCAGAGUGCAUAAAGAAAAGGAUUAUUUGGGACUUGGAAAGUCGCUGCUACCUUGAUCCUCCUGCAGUGGUCAGUUUUCAGAAGCGAAUUGCUGAUUGUCGAUUUUGGCCUGUAGAGAUCACAAGAGUUCCUCUGGCUACUGCACCCAAAGGGAAAGCUGCAAAAUUUGAUAAGGCUGAUGAUGAAAGUCAGCUUUCAUUUCAUGGUGUGGCUUAUGUUAAUAUGGUCCCAUUGCUGUAUCCAGGUGUGAAGAGAAUUCGGGGAGCUUUUCAUGUUUAUCCUUACCUAGACAGGACAGUCUAUGAAAAGACCAAAUGUUUAUUUAGCUUGUUCCGGGAUACUGGCCAUCAUUUGAUUCAGAAUAAUAAAAUAGGAGGAAUUAAUUCUCCAUUGUCUAAACCUGUUGUUUCUAAGAACGUGAAAGAAGAGAAAACAGUCAAAGAAAAGGAUAUGGAUGGAAGGCUUAGGCCUGGGGAUUUGCAAGCACCUAGUAUAAAAUCUCAGAGCUCAGAUACUCCUUUGGAAAUUGAAUCCUCUCUAAGCCACAAUCCAGAAGGACAGCAAUAUGUAGAAGCAGGGACAUACAUUGUGUUGGAGAUUCAGCUGGACAGAGCCUUGGUUCCACAGCGAAUGCCAGAGGAGCUAGCCAGAAGGGUCAAGGAAAUGAUUCCUCCAAGGCCACCUCUUGCCCGUCGGACAGGAGGAGCUCAGAAGGCGGUGAGUGACUACCACAUGCAGAUCAAGAAUAUAUCUAGAGCUAUUCUGGAUGAGUAUCAUAGGAUGUUUGGAAAACAGGUGGCCAAACUGGGGAGUGAUAUGGAUAGUGAAACUGUGGAGGAGCAGAAGUGCCUGCUCAACUAUGAACUUAACUGCUCUGGAAAAUACUUCGCUUUCAAAGAACAACUCAAGCAUGCCGUAGUAAAGAUUGUGAGAGAGAAGUAUUUGAAGACGACAUCAUUUGAAAGCCAGGAGGAACUGCAGACAUUUAUUAGUGAGCUCUAUGUGUUCUUGGUGGAUCAGAUGCAUGUGGCCUUAAACCAGACCAUGCCAGAUGAUAUCCAAGGUGCUGUUUCAACCAUUUAUACAAGCAGUGAACAGCUUCGACUCUUUGCAUUUGAAGCAGAAGUAAAUGAGAACUUUGAAAUGGCAGCAGUGUAUUACGAAGAGAGGUUGGUCCGUGAGCCCCAGAACCUGGAACACUGGCUGGACUACGGUGCCUUCUGCCUCCUAACUGAGGACAACAUCAAAGCACAGGAGUGUUUUCAGAAAGCCCUUUCCCUCAACCAGAAUCAUAUCCAAAGCUUGUUGCUGUGUGGUGUCCUGGCUGUCCUGAUGGAGAACUAUGAGCAGGCAGAAAUUUUCUUUGAGGAUGCUACUUGCUUGGAACCAACUAAUGUUGUAGCCUGGACUUUACUUGGUUUGUACUAUGAAAUUCAAAACAAUGAUAUUCGAAUGGAAAUGGCAUUUCAUGAAGCCUUCAAACAACUUCAGGCACGAAUGCUUCAGGCACAAGUAAUGAAGCAGAGGAUCACUGGUAUUGUGGAGUAUGUUGAAGAAGGAGGGAAAGUAGAAGAAUCCAGUUUAGGCCCUUGGGGAAUCACUAAUGGUUCCUCUGCAACAGCAAUGAAGGUGGAAGCCCCAGCAGGACCAGGAGCUCCAUCAUCCAUUCUAGAUGACUUUCUUGAAGAAUCUUCCAAACUGCGGUCUGACUCACGAGAACACAUUUUACCCACACAAUCUCAGGAUCCAGCUGUCACCCAAAAACCAUCCAAUAUACUUCUCAAGGAGAUACCAGCGAAAAAAGAAACAUCAAAAUGUCAAGAUUCAUCAACCUUUUUGCAUCCUAGCCCUCAUGGUGUUUCCCAAACUCCUGCCACCAUCUUCAUGGAGACUAUACAUUUCUUGAUGAAAGUCAAUGCUGUUCAGUAUGUGCACAGAGUGCUUGCACAUGAGCUGUUAUGCCCUCAAGGAGGCCCCAGCUGCGAGUAUUACUUGGUACUGGCCCAGACACACCUACUCAAGAAGGACUUUGCCAAGGCAGAGGAAUACCUUCAACAUGCAGCCCAGAUGGACUACCUGAACCCUAAUGUCUGGGGCGUGAAGGGCCAUCUCUAUUUUCUAAGUGGAAAUCAUGCUGAGGCCAAGGCAUGCUAUGAGCGAACCAUUAGUUUUGUAGUGGAUGCUUCUGAGAUGCACUUCAUCUUCCUGCGACUGGGGCACAUCUAUCUGGAAGAGAAAGAGUACGAAAAGGCAAAGAAAACCUACCUGCAAGCCUGUAAGAGAUCACCUACAUGCCUUACCUGGCUAGGACUGGGAAUAUCCUGUUAUCGGCUGGAGGAGCUCACAGAGGCUGAGGAUGCUCUCUCUGAAGCCAAUGCGUUGAACAACUACAAUGCUGAAGUAUGGGCAUAUCUGGCUCUAGUCAGCCUCAAAGCUGGACGGCAACUGGAAGCGGAGCAGGCCUAUAAGUACACAAUGAAGCUGAAACUAAAAGAUAAGGCUCUGCUUGCAGAGAUCCACAUGGUACAGGAGACGGUUGGCUUUGGAAAUCCAUCUUUCUGACAUCCUUCCAGCUGAAGAAUAUUCUGUGUGGGACUCUGAGCUCCUUUCCUUCCCAGAGAGAUCAAGCCCUGGACAUUUCACCAUAUGAGGCCUGUGGAUGGAAAAUACCGUAAACAGAAACCCAUUCAUUUCCACUGGCUAUUUUACUGGAUGGCUGUUACCGGAUAUUUUACAGGUUGACAGUAAACUGAGUAACAAUAAAAAAUGAAAAAGAUUCAAAAUUCA